AUGGGUGUACCUCCGGAAGGCACGGGAACGCGCCGUGUCUUGUACAUCUCCUUCGUGAUGGCUCCCACAGCAAGAAGCGCGGCUGCCAAGCGGCGAGAAGCGAGCAGACGCGAGAGUGAACUCACCCAAGAACGCGCUCUCGACCCUGACUGGGUUCCUAUGGCUUGCGAUGAAGGCGAAAUGGAAGAUAUCAGCACACUCGAAGUGAACGCGUUCGGCGAGCUCGAUCGUCGUGACCAGGUCGACCGCCUCCCCGCAAGCAGCAUGGGUGAUGUGCCCUCUGAUGACGCGCCGGGGGCGCGCGGUCGAGAUGUUGGGAUGAUCGUCAGGUUCGACGCGGACUUGGUACCGAAUGGAUGCCCAACGGCUGUAUUAGGGAAGAGAACCCAUUCCAAUGAAGAUUUAAGACAUCCCGAAGCGCCGCCCCCGGCUCCCCGAGGGCAGAGCACUACGACAAUGUGGCGGAACGCCAACAACAUGACAAAGAAGUCGCGCGCGAUCAACAUGCAGAAGAGCAUUGCGAGUAUCUUCUCUCGCAAGAAUAAGGAGCCAAAGCGACCACGCGUUGACCUCGGCCAGUCCGUGCACGCCAUGCCCCCAUGCGACCCGAACGGUGGCAAUGACGAACACGAGCACCCGCCAACAAGCAGCAUCCCGAAUGAAGUCACUGGCGAGAUGGCGGAGGACCGUUCGAGCCGCGAGGAGUUGCAUGCAUCCCCUGACACCGAACCUCCUUCCCUCGCGUGCACAUCUCCUGUUCCCGAGCUCUCGCCUCCUGCGCGCACAGAGCCAGAGGAGCUACAGGCAAUGGAGGAUGUCGUCGGAAGCUGCGCUGAGUGGGAUACGAGUCCCGUUGAUACUUUGUCGGGAGGUGAUCUACAGGACGCGGGCAGUGUCACUAGCGACUCGGAGGACGAGGAGGGGGAGGUGGACGAUGAAGAGGCAACUAACGAGGCUGCUCGUACUCUCACACUCAACGCGAAGCUGAGUUUGCUUAGGAAGAAGUUAAUUAGGAACAACAGCCCUCAACUCUCGUUGGAAAAGCUUGAUCGGGAGCUCGAGCGUGUUCGUGCGUUGGAACAAUACAGCAAGAAACUCGAUGAGCGGCAGCAAGCACGAGACCAGGCCUUUGCACGCGCUCGUCAGACAACCCAAGGUGCACUUCGCUACCGCCUGCGGAAGAGUGCGAACAAGAUACGGCCAGCAGCCGAGGCCAGUGCCCAUGUCGCAAGGGGCCGCGAUCACGGUGUAUACUUUGCACGUCAGCUACGUGUUGCUGCUGAGCACGUUCGUCGCACCGGCGAGCUCCCCGAGAAUCGUCAAGGGAAGGGCGCUGUGCACGCAACGAACUUCGAAAAUCCGGAGGUCAAGAAGCAUCUGAAGAGGUGGGCUGACCGCGAGAUCGACGAGUCCAAGGGUGGGUUAGGAAAGAAUCGGCCCACACCCGAUAAGCUGCUCAACUUCGUUAAUGUCCACCUUUUCCCUCAACUCGGAAUUGAUGCGACGAUCUCGAUGACGACGGCUGUUCGCUGGCUGAAGUGGCUCGGCUUUUAUUGCACUCGCCAUACCAAAGGAAUAUACUGGGACGGUCACGAGCGCAAGGAUGUUGUCGCAGCGCGUAAGGCCUUCAUUGAGUUGAUGGACCUCUCCGUGCUGCCGUUUGCCUAUCAGUACGAGGACAAGUCGCUAUCGGAGACCGCCCCCACUAUUCCAGCGGGAACGAAGAUCCAUUAUCCCAUCUUCCACGACGAGACGUGCUUCCAAGCAAACGACCAGACGAACAGCCUCUGGCUUCGGGAGGGAGAGCAGGAGCUCCGCUCAAAGAGCCGGGGGCGCAAUGUCCAUGUUUCUGACUUCAUUAUCGAGAAGUCAGAAAAUGGUCGGCUCGCGCUGACACCUGACGAGAUCGCUCGAGAGGAGCUUCUGCCGGCACCACCUCUCCCUCCGUCUUCCCAGCAUAUGCCAACCCCAAGCGAAGCGAUAAAGGGGAAGGGCAGGAAAGGCAAAACGAAGGCCUCCCCAACCGCUAUCCCUGUCGCUACUGACCGAACCACUGCUGCGGCUGAUGACUGGACACCCCCACCACCUCCUGCACCGCACACCCGCUAUCGCCUCCCUACCUACGACGCGAGACAGAUCAUAUAUCCUGGAGCGGGUCAUGAUCCCUAUUGGGACAUGCCUCAGCUUCUCGUACAGGUCAAGCGCGCGAUUGACAUCUUCGAUGUCAAGUUCCCGGAGGGAACAGCGGUAUUUAUCUUUGACUGUUCAUCCGCGCAUGAAGCCUUCGCCAGCGACGCGCUACUCGCCCACAAAAUGAACCGUUACCCCGGGGGCGCUCAGCCAAUCAUGCACGACACGAAAAUCCCUGGAACUGAAAAGGUGCAGUCCAUGGUCUUUCCUGCAGACAGCCAAAUAGUCGACACGAAGGGUAAUUCCCUGGCGGGCAAGCCGAAGGGAAUGGAGCAGGUACUUCGGGAGCGGGGCUUGCUAUCCCUGCUUCAGGAAGGAGGCCGAAAGCCUGUCGGCACGUGUGGCGUCUGCAAGCAGUCUGCCGCCGCGCGCGAGAAAGCGGCGAAGCUGGCUAAGUCGAAGGAGGACGAGAUUGAUGGGAGUGGCCUCGAAGGCCGAGAGGCCAUCGCUGCCGCCGUUCUUGCAGAAGCGGAGGAUGCGGAGCGUCCAAUCAACUGCUGUAUGCAGCGCCUGCUUGCGUCGCAGCCCGAUUUCCGCGAUGAGAAGCCGCUCUUGCAGGUCCUCAUCGAGAAAAGGGGCCACAAAUGUCUUUUCCUCCCCAAGUUUCAUUGCGAGUUCAACCCUAUAGAGAUGGUGUGGGGUCAGGCAAAAACGCGGUUUCGAAAGUUCUCGGACGGCACUUUUCCGACGGCAAAGCGCCUGGUUCCCGAGUGUCUCAACCAAGUAACCGUCGAAAAUAUUCGUCGCUACUUUCGGCACUGCUACCGCUAUAUGCAUGCAUACAAGAUUGGCCUGAACGCGCAGCAGGCAAAAUAUGCGGUCAAAAAGUACUCUUCUCAUCGUCGAAUCCCUCAGAACGUCUUUAUGGAUGUGAACAUCAUUCUUAGACAGUAGCACAGGCAGUGUAGAGACCAUGCGCUACCGAUAUCCGAGAAAAUCGUCUGAAAAGACCCAGAAAUGAAUAUUAUAUUCGCUUUUC